ACUGGCAGAAACAGAAACAAUCGAAGCGUCUUUCGAGCACCACAAUGAAAUUCCUUUACUGCGCCGUCCUCAUCUUGGCCGUCUUCGCCGCCAGCCACGCCUACAGCGCCAGCUGGGGCAAGAGGAACAACACCGACUAUCUGCUCUCCCGCCAGAUUGUCGUCCGCAAUCCCAUCAAGAACAACUACAUAAGCGUCAAUGUGGACUAUCCCGGCAAUGGCGUUGGCUACUACAACAUCAGCUUGGUCAGUGUGAUCGACAACUUCCGCAACACCUCGGGUGCCACUCCCAGUCUGUGGUCCGGCGGUCCUGGCUUCAAGUUCGCUCAGGUCAAUCUGCGUAGCGUAGUCAGCCAAGGCAUCAACUCCACCGUCGAGAUCUAUGGUCGCUAAA